AUGGAUCUCCUUGCCCUCCUGCUGAUGGUUCUGGCCUGGUCAGCAGAUCUCCAAGGAGUAGCAGGAGAUAAAAAGGGGGAUGGAGAAGUUGGAAGCUUGCUUGACCUGUGUAUCUGCCCCCUGAUGCUCAACAUCUCAGAAAAGCUGUGGUGCAGAUUUGAGGAAUCUGGUUGUCCAGAGGCCCUGGAACCUUUACGGAACCUCAGUAGGAUGCCAGGGUUCCCCAGCAACCAGCAAAACAAAACCUGUUCUUCCCUCCUUGGUGAAGGGAAGAAGAAUGGAACAUAUUGUUGUCAAAUCUGGGACCUGAAAAGAGGCAAUGCCUCCCUGAAUGCCACUACGCUCCUCUGCGAAGGAAAAAACUCCAGCAACAUUUCAGUGGAGAAGAGCAAGACACCUGAGAGAGCCAGCAGCUUCAACACAGCAGUGACGGUCACUUCCUCCUUCAUCGGUAUCCUGGCCUUCAUCUUGCUCUCAGUGGGUAUUAUGACUCUCACCCUGAGGAAGUGGAGGAAUGAGCGAUUAUUUAGGAGGCAGAUGAGGGAGCAGGACAACUUUCUCCUCAAACUCAAGGAGCCAAAUUCCCACUCCAGUGCCAUCUAUUGCAAUGUCAUCAACCUGGAUGCCUGGAAGGAAGAUGAUUUUGCCACCUAUGCCAAUGUCCUAACCUUCCAACCCUCAAAGAGACCCUCGCCAGCCACCUGCCGCCGCCCUGAGCAAGUGGAAUAUGCCUCCAUUGUGUUUCGCUGAUGGGCACUACCAGGGUUCCAGAUGGACUGGGAUAGAGAUGAUGAUGCCCCAAAGGAAAGGGAAAAGCAGGCAGGAGGAAUCACAGCCACCCAUCUUGCUUCUAUGGAGACCCCUGAGAUGUCGGUCUUAAAAAUACACUCAUAAGCACACCAGAUGGUUGGGAUUUUCUUGGCUUUUGAAAAACCUGUGUUUACUCCUAGUUAAGAGACAGCUCGAGUUUGACAGUUACUGUGCUUAGCAUUCAAGAUAAAUUCCUGGAGGAGGAAGCACUGAAACAGAACUGCCAGGUCACUGCACAUCCAUGUGGGGAGACAUUUCUGACAGCUAGAUUCCUUUGCUUU